GGGCUAGUUCGAUCGUGUGAUCGUUGGCACGACUACGGCUACAACUACGGCAACAGCAACGGGAAAGGAGUAACGGAAAUGACGCUUCCAAAAGUUUAAAGCCCUGACAGAUUAAGAAGAGUUCUUCACGCCUCUCACACUCUCUCUCCCCAAUGGAGGAGGACGUCUUGAAUGCGCUGCAGAUGCGCUGCGCAUAUCUAUCCGGGGGCUACGAUCGCGACAAGCGAAUCAUAUUCAUUGUGAAUGCAUUUAGUGAUCAACAAUUGUGGAAUCGUCGCUGCCUCCAACUGACACUCGACUAUCUCAAGCGUUCGCUCAGCGCUUCUAUCUUGCAAAAUGGCGUAAGUGUCAUUGUCAACGCCCAGGCAAGCAGUUCGCGCAUCUCGAGACAGCACGUGCGACAAAUCUAUGCCCAGUUUGGCGGCGACAUUAGCGUCGAUGUGUAUCUAGUCAGGGCGGAGGGCUUCUGGGAGAAGCACGUGGAGCCAUGCGCCAAGUCACAAAUUAAGGGAGAGCCUUUGGUGCUGUCGAAGGCACGCCUAGCGAAGUUUGUGGAACCAAACAAUUUGCCCGAGGAGCUGGGCGGCACCCUGCAAUUCAAUUACGAUCUGUGGCUGCAGCAGCGCCGGUCCAUUGAUGAGUUCAGCAGAACGCAUGCGCUAACUUUGAGCUGCAUGGAGCAGCUGCUGACGCUGCUGGGCGGGCACAAGGCGCUGCGGCCAGCGGAAGCGGAUGUAGAGCUGAAGAGGAGCGCUCAGUUGCAUACACAUGUGCAGCGCAGCAUUGAGGCGGCUAUUGAAAUGGGUAAUACGAUCUUGGCGCGCUUUAACGAGGUAUACGAGACGCAAACACAAAUGCCACAUGCCACACCUGUUGCUAGCACAACAACAACAACAACAGCAAUAACAACAACAACGACGGCAGCAGCAACAACGGCCCUUUGCUCUGGUAAGCCAUUGCUGCCACCAGAUCUUGGCUGCGAACGUGCCCGCAUCGAGUUGCGCCUCAACGAAAUCGAGAAGAAGCAGACAGCGAUACGCACUGCGUGGCUGGAGUUGUUGCGUUCGCUGCGUGAGGCACGCGAGCUAUGCACCUUGGCCGAGGGCGUGACCUUUGUCACCAACUGGAUCCUCAACCAAGCCGAACAGCUGCUCAGCCGCCAGCGCAGCGUUGGCAGCGAUGUCCGCUCCUCGGAAAUUCUCCGUGCCGCACACGAUCAGCUGGAGCUGGAGUGCCGUGACACCUACGGCUGUUAUGCAGAGUUGCUCUACAAGAUUGAACAGUUUGCCAAGGAGCGGACGACGGCCAUGUGCCGGGAUCUGCUCUCGCAGCGCGAUUUUAUGCAGUUUGUCUGUCGAUCCUUUGCCGUCCGCUUGGAACGCAGGCGCAAGGUUCUAAUGACGGCUCUGAGGUUCCAUCGUCUGCUGGAACAAUUCGAGGAGCAACUGCUGAUCGCCAACCAUGCAGUCGAUGCGGAGGCAAGUGAAUUGGAUGCACAGCAGGCCGUAGAAAUGCUAAUGCAGUUAAAGACCAGUCAACAGCUGCUAGGCAACAUCGAACGCGAACUUGUGCGCGAGGGCGAGAAACUGAGCGACAUGUUGGCCAUGCCGGUGAAAGAUGCAUUGGGCCGUGACCUCCAGCUGGACUAUAGCAACGACAUUGCCCAGCUGCGACGACAGAUCGACUCGAGCCGCGAGCGCCGGCAGCGGUGCGGGCAGCGUUUGGCGCUGCAGCGGCUCACCUUGGAGCAGGUGACCCACAUUCAUGGAUACGAGCGGGAGGUGCGCUGUGCUCUCCAGUGGCUCAACGAGCUGUAUGCGGUGCUGUUGCGCUGCCACUCCCAUGUUGGCUGCAACAUACACGAGAUUCAGCUGCAGAAGGACGAGCUGCAGGGGUUCGAGGAAACCGGACGGAGCAUUUUCAACUACGGCUGCCAGCUGCUGGAGGCCUCGCAAACGCUGCGUCUCUGCUGCAAGCUGGAACAGUCGGAGCCGGAGCAGUUCCAGCUGCAGCUGCAGCGCACUUGGCACAGUCUGCAGUCCAUUGCCCAGGAGCAGAUGACUCGCUUGCGCGUCUCUGCCGUCUUCCAUCGCAGCGUGGAGGCUUACUACAGGCAACUGCGUGACCUGCGACCCCUGCUCACCCACGAACUGGCCGCCCAGCUGCAGCAUCAGCGCCAGCAGCACAAUCGCAGCAGCAGCGGCAUCAGCAGCGAUGCUGAGGCAUCUCCAGAGUUAUCCCCAGCAGGUGGAUUAGGUGCUCGCCUGCAGCGACACCUGCUGGCACGGGAGCAGCUGCUGGUCGAGGUGGGUCGCAUGGUGCGACUGGGCCGUCUGCUCAAGAAACGGCUGAAGGAACCCUUCGUGCUGGAUGCACUCACCGGCAAGAGAUUUCGAAAUUUGUUUGGCAAAUCCAAUGCCGAAGAAGUGCCCAUCAUUGUUGUCGACGAGGCACCGCCCGAGGAACCCACGAACAAUCAAUCGAAUCAAGCGCCACUCGCCAGCGAAGAGGAAGAUCUAAACAAUGGUCACGAGGAGACGCUGUGUGCAUCCACUCAGCAGCUAUCCCAGCUGCUGAAUGACAUUAAUUUGAGCAGCAAAUUGCCUGAAGAUACGGAACAGGAUGAGGAUGAAGAUGAUGAUGAAACGGCGAGCACUUCGAGUGUCACAACUAAAAUAGCCAAAGCCUCAAUAGAACGGGAUAUAAUCGUAGAGGAUCCCCUAGAAGAGGAGGAGUCGGAGGCAGAGGUCGAACAAAAGACAGGGCAAACUGGUCAGAACAGUCUGGAGAAGAUUAAGGCGCUCAUACGCAACGAUAGUGAAACAUAUCCGCAGAGUGAUUACACGGAUACGGAGGAGGUUACGCCCUUGCACUCACGCACAGCCUCGAUGGACUCCACGGCAGAGCCUAAUCGCAAUUUAUUUCCAUGUGAUUACAGCAUUGUGCCGGACGAUGAGCUGCCGCUGGACAACAGCCCAAGUCCCAUGCACGACAGUGGCAACGAGUCCACGUAUGUUGAUGCCUCCUCACCCAGCACGUUGACCGUGACGCCAACUGGGAGCAAUGAACUGGCCUGUGCCGCCAUCUCGCACAAGCUUGGCGCCAUUGCCGAGGUGGCCGAGUCCCUCGAUGCGGUUAUCCGAGACUGCAGCAGCAGCAGCGCCGACCUGGAUCUCUCCAAUGUCCAGGCGCACAAAAAGCUGGGCAGCCAUGGCAUGGGCAGUGAGGACUGGCAAUCGCGCUCAACGGAAGAUGAAUCCUUUGCGACGGCAUCAGAGGGCAAUUUUACGCCCAAUUCGCAUUCGUCGUCCUUUCAAACGGCCUCGGGUCGCACCAGCUCCUACAUUGGCUCCGCUAAGAACUCCUUUGACGAGGCGGACGACUCGACGCUGAGUAAUUUCGAAAUACCAGAGCUGCCACAAUCCCCCGUCAACAUGUCCUUUGACAGCUCCGAGCUGAGCUACUUCUCAGCAGCAGCAGCUGCAGCCGCCCAGCAGGAGCAGCAGCUGCCACUUAAGCCAUCCACUGACGAUGAUCAGGAUAGUGUUGUGGGCGUGGCUGAGCUUCACAGCCAAAGCGUAACGCCCACGCCCGAGGAGCAGCAUCAGCAUCUGUUGCUGGGCCAUCCCAUAGAAUCGGACAGUGAAUUGGAGGCAUACGGCUUGGAUGCAGCCGGUUGCAUCAGCACCGAGCUGCUGCCUGGUGCCUCCACGGCCGUUACGCCGGAGGUGAGUCCACCUUCAGCUCUGCCCGGCUGCGCGGCUGCCACUAACAACAACAACAAUAGCAACAGCAACAAUGAUGAGCAGACGGCGCCGUCGACGUCGACGCCGGCGUCAUGGCGUCGUAGCAAAUAUUAUGAAAAUAUAACGAAACAAACGAUCAAGGGAUUUCUCUGAGAGAUGACCUUCACCCCCAACAACCAACCCCCUUCUUGUCCCCUCCGAAAUCUGCCUAAUUAAUGCGCGCCAUUUGCCUUGCUGCUUUGUUCUUGUCUCUUUUGUUUUUGUUGUUAACCGUUUU